AAUGGGUUGAUGAUUGUUUGGUAAGAGCUGAUGAUGAUGAUAAUGAUGGACAGGAGGCACACAGCUGCUUUUAUACACCAUCUCUUGCUCCUCUUUCCUCCACUUUCAUCAUCACGAUCAUAUUAUGAUGCGUGUGUCCACUGGUGGCCUAGCUCUUCAAGCCAGUCGUCUCUUCAGAGACAUACUUUAUCGCUUGUAUAUAGCUCAUCAAAAUGUAUGUGAUG